GUCCAAGGAACAACGACAACAGCCAAACUAAAACCUCAUUAUCGGUAGCACAAACUAGCUAGCAGAGCAAGAGAGCAAGCUUCGUAGUUGUGGUUGUUGAUUGACAAUGGCGGAUCCAUCACCCUCAGCAAUAGUACCCGAAGGGAAACCCAAGGAAGAUGACGACGAUCAGUCGGAUGUAGAAUUGGAAGGCAUGGACGUGGAUGAUAUCGUGGAAGAAGAUGCCGACGAUGAAAUCAUGACGACAAAGACGGAUGAUACCGAAGAGGAAGCGAAUAAUACUAAUGAUAAUGCCACCAACAGUGAAGCCUUACAAGCAGAAGAUGCAGAAGAACUGGAAGCCGCCAAACGAGAACGAAUGGAAUUGCUGGCGGCCAAAAAGAAAAAGGAACAAGAAGCUGAAGCGCUGGAUCCCAGCAAGAAAUUUGACUUUUUGGUGGCCCAAUCGGAUGUCUUUGCGCAUUUCUUGGCCGGAUCCGUGGCCGCAUCGUCAAAGAAAGGCAAGAAGGGCUCUCGUGGAAAAAAGGGUCGCUUGACGGAAGCCGAAGAAGAUGCCCAAUUGCUCAAGACAUCCCAGUCCAAGCGUCGCACAGUGCGAUUGGAAAAACAACCCGGAAUCUUGUCCAGCACCGUCACCAUGCACAAGUACCAACUCGAAGGACUCAAUUGGAUGAUCAAAUUGCAUGACAGUGGAAUUAAUGGAAUUCUAGCUGAUGAGAUGGGCUUGGGCAAAACACUACAAUCUAUUUCCCUCUUGGCAUGGUACCGCGAGUUCCGCGGGGUCCGUGGGCCCCACAUUAUCAUUGUCCCCAAGAGUGUCGUCGGAAAUUGGUGUCGCGAAUUCAAAAAGUUUUGUCCCACCAUUAAAGUCGUCCGUAUGGGAGGUACCAAAGCCGAACGAAUCAAGGUCGUCACACAAGACUUGCCGCCCGAUGAACAUGGAAAAUACAAAUUCGAUGCACUCGUCAUGUCCUACGAGGCACUUUUGAAGGAGAGAGGCAGACUCUCCAAAAUACACUGGAAAUAUCUCAUGAUUGACGAAGCCCAUCGCAUCAAAAAUGAAAACUCGUCACUCAGCAAAGCCAUUCGCACCAUUCAGACCGAACAUCGAUUGCUCAUUACCGGAACACCACUCCAAAAUUCCAUUCACGAACUAUGGGCAUUGCUCAAUUUUCUCAUGCCCGAUAUUUUUGGGGAUGCCGCCCAAUUUGACGAGUGGUUUAGUAUGAAUGAUGAAACGGGCAAGGAAAAUACUAUUAAAAAGCUACACACGGUCUUGCGACCAUUCAUGUUGCGGCGCAUCAAGGCCGAUGUCGCCACGUCGUUGCCACCCAAAAAAGAAACCAAACUAUACAUUGGAUUGACCAAAAUGCAACAAGAGUGGUAUGUCAGGGUACUCCAAAAGGAUGCCCAUGAACUCAACAAACUAGGUGGACCGUCGCGGGUGGGACUCUUGAAUGUUCUCAUGCAGUUGCGAAAGGUUUGCAAUCAUCCUUAUCUCUUUGAUGGAGCCGAAAAGGGACCUCCGUAUGUGGACGGACCCCAUCUGUGGGAGAAUGCCGGGAAACUCCAACUCUUGCACAAGCUGUUGCCCAAAUUGAAACAAAAGGGUUCGCGAGUGCUCAUCUUUUGUCAAAUGACGCGUGUUCUAGACAUUCUGGAGGAUUAUUUCCGGUUCCUGGGCCAUGAAUACUGCCGCAUUGACGGAAACACGGAUGGUGAAAAGCGAGACUCACAGAUGGACGAGUUCAAUGAGGAAGGGUCCACCAAGUUUUGUUUCUUGCUCAGUACUCGUGCAGGAGGACUCGGAAUCAACUUGGCCACUGCCGACAUUGUCAUUCUCUACGAUAGUGACUGGAAUCCUCAG